AUUUGUUUGUAGGCAAAAGUUUCUCUCUCCAUCAAGCAUCAGCUCGAUCUCCUCCCUUCCGCCUCUCUUUCUCCUUAAUAUUUACUUCUGAAAGUUUAAUUAGGAACCUUAUUGUUUACGAUUGUAAAGCAAGAAAGUUAUAAGCUACCCUAAAGAUUGUUUGAUCUCCUUCUUGAUCACAACAAAAUAAUUAAGAGCAUAGUAGGAAAUUAACAUUAAAAGAUAAUCAAUGGAGAAAAUGUACGAAUUUGUUUCUAGCAGUAGUGAUGUUUACUCCGUCGAGGACAAUCUGCAGCCGCCAUAUUUUGGAUCGCCGCCGGCGUUUUGCGAUGGGCUGGCCCCAAUGGGAUUUGGAUCCGGAAAUAUGUCGUGGGCGUGUCCAGAAACUUCAGCUGCUAAUUUAGUAGUUGAUAAAAGUGGGACGUCUUCUUCUAAUUUACAAUUAGAAGAUCAUCCUGAGACGGAUAUUAGAGCAAAGAUCUCUUCUCAUCCUUUGUAUCCUAAGCUUCUUCGUACUUACAUCGACUGCCACAAGGUAGGAGCGCCAUCUGAUGAGAUUGUUGAUAUGUUGGACAAUAUUAAUAUUGUCCACGAAAAUGAUCUUUCUAGGAGAUCAAAUCGACUGAGCGACGAUUCUGAGCUGGAUGCUUUCAUGUUUGUUUCGAAAGAUGAAGGAGCGGCGGGGACGGAGGAGGAGGAGGAGGUGGCUGAUACAAGCGGUGGUGGUGGAAAUACUAAUGAUAUGUGCAGAUCUGAGAAUGAAAUUAAGGAUAAGUUAAUGCGAAAGUACAGUGGAUAUAUAAGUAGUCUAAAGCAAGAAUUUUCCAAGAAGAAUAAGAAGGGAAAACUCCCAAGAGAAGCAAGGCAAAUCUUGCUUAACUGGUGGACCACUCACUACAAAUGGCCUUAUCCUACGGAAGGAGAGAAAAUAUGUCUAGCUGAAUCAACAGGUUUAGAUCCGAAGCAGAUUAACAAUUGGUUCAUUAAUCAGAGAAAACGUCAUUGGAAACCUUCAGAAAACAUGCAGUAUGCUGUUAUGGAAAGUAUAUAUGGUCACUUUUCUGAAUAAUUUAGCUUCGAGGAAAUUAAUCUCUUUCCCGCAAUGUUUCUAAUCAGACAUUUUAUCUUGCUAACAAUAUAAUUCUAAUUCAGUUACCA